CGAACAGACGGACAUCGAAGCUUCUCUUAUAUGAUGGCGUCUAUUUUCAAACCUUCAGUUUCACUUGAUCUACGGAGUCCAAAGGUGAUAUGCACGAAUCAUCUUUCUAGGAAAGAACGAUUUGAGUUUCAUAAGAACAAGAAUCUUAUAAAAGAAAGGUUAUGUAGCUUGAAGGCUAAUCAAGCACACGGGUCAGCUGAAGCUACCACCAGUGUGGUACAAGAGAAAGAGGUUAAGAAACAAAUCGAUUAUGGAGUUGUUGGGGUUCACCACGUUGGUCUGCUCUGCGAGAACUUAGAACGGUCACUAGAAUUUUACCAGAACAUUUUAGGCCUUGAGAUCAACGAGGCAAGGCCACAUGAUAAGCUUCCAUAUAGAGGAGCAUGGUUAUGGGUAGGUUCUGAGAUGAUUCAUUUAAUGGAGCUUCCAAAUCCAGAUCUGUUAACAGGUAGACCUGAGCACGGAGGCCGUGAUCGACACGCUUGUAUUGCAAUCCGUGACGUUUCAAAUCUUAAAAUGAUCUUGGACAAAGCUGGGAUUGAGUAUACUAUGAGUAAGUCAGGGAGGCCAGUGAUAUUCACUCGUGAUCCAGACGCAAACGCUCUUGAGUUUACUCAAGUUUGA